AUGCGUUUCUCUUGGGCAGUUGUCCUGGGGCUCACCCUCGGUGCCCAGGCAAAUCGACUUGCUCCUCGUCAAAAUGGCGGAACUACCGCACCACCGCCUGGUACGACCUCUGGGGGUGGUGGCGAUACCAGCAGCAGCUCCUCUUCUGGAGGCGGAGGUGGUAGCGACACUACCGUUACUGUAACUGCUACUGUUACUGGGGAGGGUGGCAGCACUGUCAGCGACACGACUACUGUUAUUGCCAGCUCCGUUACAACAGUCACCGUCACGACUACUGACAUUGCCACGACCACCAUCACCAAGUCCGAUGGCGACACCUCCACCAAGACCGUUUAUGUUACUUCUACGCAGACUGUUAAUAUGAAGCGCAGCCUGGACGGCACAUUCGAAUACUUGGGCAAUGGGCCUGCGCAGGUUGAUGCCGAGCCAACCCCUGCUCCUACAGUUACUGGCAUUCAAGCCGGAUACCCUGGAAUCGAGAAACGAGCUAUCAUCACUACUACCGUUACCGUGACGGCUGGCGGAAGCGGCGCUACGACCGUUUUCCAGACCGUCACCAAGAAUGUCAAGUCUACCACCACGACAGUUGUUCAUGCGACCUCGUUGGUCACUGAGACAUACCAAGCCAAUGCCAAGACGACCGUCACCGUUACAAGCACCAUUGUCUCCAAGCUUACGGUUGUUUCUACCGGUGUUAUUGAGACUUCGACUUCAACUCCCACGGGUGGCGCUGGUUCUGGUGGCGGUAGCAGCGAUGGGCUCUCCACGGGUGCCAAAGCUGGUAUUGGUGUUGGAGCUGGCGUUGCUGGCUUGGCCAUCAUUGGAGCUCUCCUUUGGUUCUGCAGGAGACGUAGCCGUGGCCCCAAGCCCGAUCCCGACGAUUUGCUGGGGCCUUCUUCCGAGGUUCCAGUUGGCGCUGGCAGUUCGCGACACUCUCGCCCCAUGUCUGAAGGCCUGACUUCCACUCCCGGUACGGCGCCCCGGCGCAGCCCGGUCCUCCCAAAUGUCCAGGUCGAAGGUUACCGUGGAACAGCCAUGGGAGAUGGCCGUGCUGGGUAUGCCAAGCCCGACCCGUACGGUGCUGCUUAUGCUCCAACCCGCAGCACAACCAACAGCACACAUCCCUCACGUGGCGGUACGCUGUCUCCUGGUGACCAACUCCCACGACACCCUACGCCUGAGACGACUGCGGCUUCCGUCAGCCCUCUAUCACCCAGACCGCAAACUGCCGAACUGGGCAAUGAUGGUGCCGGUGCCAAAUGGCACACAAGCGAGGCUGCCGAAAUGGCCACAGAUAAUCCAGCCGCUGCCAAAUGGCAUAGUGACAACGCUCAUGAGAUUGAUAGCCAACCCGUCAUGGGCCAUCAAAGCGGGCCGGUGUAUGAGAUGCCCACGGAACACUUCAAAUAA